GAGAUUUCCACGGGGCGGGAAGGGCGGGAGGUGUUUACAUAGCCCGCGCCGUGCGCAGGGCGGGCCGGAAGCGGGCGCUGAUUUGAAGGUAGCGGCGGGAGGAGCCGGUGCGGGGUGGGAACCUUGACUUCUGUGACAACUUAAAAGGCAAAAAGAAUAAAUAGAUGAUUUUCAGACUUAUAUUUUGAAUUUGAUCUGACAAAAAGGUAACCUAGUUGAAAAUGCCAGCUGGGAAAGUUUUGCAACCUGUACUGAAAAUGAAGGUGGAUGAACUCUUUUUGUGUUGGCUGAGUCAGCCUGCAACUCAGCUGGCGCUAAAGGACUGCUUGAGAAGUAUCAAGAAUGAGGAGAAAACUGAGAUUACUAAUGGAGAUUCAGGAAACAGUAAAAAUGAGAGAUGCACUACUAAAAAUUCCAACUCCAAGCAAAGCAUAUUAGGAGAUAUCAGGUUACCUUUGGUGUCCUUCAAUCCUCCUCAUCUUUCUACGUCUCUUCCACUGGCAACUUCAACCAGUCCAAGGAACAUUUCUAAUAUUAGAGGAAUACGCAGAUCUUCAGGGACUAGAGUAGUUCAGACGAAGAAGGAAGAACCUUUGCCACCAUCACUUAGUCAAACCAUUCCAACUUUCUAUUUUCCUCGAGGAUGUCCUAAGGAAAAAGUUAAUAUAGAUGCUGUGAUCACCAAAAUUGAGAGAACUUUCUCUCAGUUUCCAAAUGAGAGGGCAACUUUGGAAGAUAUGGGGAAAGUUGCAAAGGCUUGUGAAUGCCCGCUUUACUGGAAAGGUCCGUUGUUUUUUUGUGCUGGAGGUGAACGAACAGGAUAUGUGUCAGUUCAUAAAUUUGUUGCAAUGUGGCGGAAAAUACUUCAGACCUGCUAUGACGAUGCUGCAAAAUUUGUUCAUCUUCUAAUGAACCCUGGAUGCAACUAUUUGGUGCAGGAAGACUUCAUUCCUUUUUUACAAGAUGUGGUGAAUAGUCAUCCUGGCCUAUCAUUUUUAAAAGAAGCAUCUGAAUUUCAUUCUCGGUACAUUACCACAGUUAUACAGAGAAUAUUUUAUACAGUAAAUAGGUCCUGGUCUGGGAAAAUAACUUGUAACGAGCUCAGGAAAAGCAACUUUUUGCAGAAUGUGGCAUUAUUGGAAGAGGAAGCUGAUAUUAACCAGCUGACAGAGUACUUCUCAUAUGAACAUUUCUAUGUAAUAUAUUGCAAAUUUUGGGAGCUGGAUACAGAUCAUGACCUCUACAUUGAUCAGAAGGAUUUAGCUCGGCAUAAUGAUCAUGCAAUAUCAAAUAGGAUGAUAGAGAGGAUCUUCUCAGGAGCAGUAACGAGAGGUAGAAAAGCACAAAAAGAUGGAAAAAUUAGCUAUGCUGAUUUUGUCUGGUUUUUGAUAUCCGAAGAGGACAAAAAGACUCCAACAAGCAUUGAAUACUGGUUUCGCUGCAUGGAUCUUGAUGGGGAUGGUGCUUUGUCUAUGUAUGAACUGGAGUAUUUUUAUGAAGAACAGUGCCAAAAAUUAGAUAACAUGGCCAUAGAACCUUUGCCAUUUGAAGACUGUUUGUGCCAGAUACUGGAUCUUGUGAAGCCACAAUAUGAAGGAAAGAUUACUCUGCAUGAUUUAAAGAAAUGUAAAUUGACAAAUGUGUUUUUUGAUACUUUUUUCAACAUUGAAAAAUAUCUCGACCAUGAACAGAAGGAUCAAUUUUCUGUGUUGCGGGAUGGCGAAGGUGAAAGCCAAGAGAUCUCUGACUGGGAGAAGUAUGCUGCUGAAGAGUAUGAUAUCCUGGUAGCAGAAGAGGCAGCAAGUGACCAGUGGAAUGAUGGGUAUGAAGCAGAACUGAAUCCUGUAGAGCAUCAGAAGGCCAAUGUUCUAAAGUAUCAAAUGGAAAAAAGACCAUUUUUUGAAAUGCCUUCCCAUCUGGCUGAUGUAGACUUGGAUGAAUAUGACUAUGAAGAGGACUUUGAGUAGUGAUUGUAGUCAACACUUGCAGAAGAAAAAGGACAGUCUGCAGCAGGUCUGCUACACACCUAUACGUUUCAGUGGGUUUUGUUUCCAGCAAGUCAGCUGAGUUUUGUGCUAAAAAUAUUUAAUCACUAGACUACCUUUUAAAGAAAAUAAGUGCAUUUAUAUGGAAUGAUGAAACUUUUUGUAUUUAUUCAGUAGUCUAUAGUUUGUAAAAUAGAUUAAAAUAUUUAUUUAUAGAUGUUGCAUAAUUCCUUCUUGGAAGAAUAACAAUAUUUGACUGUAGAGAAAAGUAAUAUACUGUUUUUAAGAGAUGACGGUGUAACUCUUGAUGUGUGGUGCACUGACCAUCUCCAUCCCAUAUGUAAAUAGAUGUCCCUGUCCUGGUAUGGGAAACAAGGGAGACAAUUUAUACAUGACCUGCAAUGCUUAUAUGCUCGUGACAGUUUCUAGGGGUUUUUUUUGCCUUGACAAGGAAGAGAUUACUGUGAGUGGAUGACUCAGCUCUUAUUUACAAACACUGUUUCAUUUGACAAGCUGAGCAUAUUAGUGCACAUGGAAAACUAAUGGCUGAAACCAGUUGCUCCUCUUUUCUGUGUAGUCCUUGUUUGCCCCAACUUUAACUUUGCUCUUUUAAACUUAAGUCUUUUCAUUGAUGUUCAUUAUAAAAAGAUUAUUUAAUAAUGAAGUCUGUUUUAGUGUUCAUACCUGAUCCAAAAUGAGUGUUUUAAUUUAUGUAGAAGGAACCAAUUUUUUUUUUUAAGUCCUUUGUAUAAAUGUUACUUGAUCAGUGAUGUGCACUAAUUUGUUGUGGGCAUUCAGUGCUUUUGUCUGUGCCCUGCCUUCAGUUGUUUGCUAUUGACACAUUCCAUGGAUAUUCAAACAGUGUCACAGCAGCUUGAAAUUUGUUGCCUCACUUUACUGUUAAACAUUUUGUUGAAAAAUGUACAAAAAGAUGUAAGCUAUUUUUGGUUGCAGUGUAGAUCUCAAAUGUUUAAAAAUCAUGUUUGUAUUUUCAAAUAAAGAUUUUCAUACAUGUAA